AUGGUAAAUACGGGUGCAAGUAUUGGAUCUAGUCAAGCAACAACGCUACCGACAAACACAGAGGCUAAUGAUUUAGCCAAAUAUGGUCUACAAGGCUUAUCCUCGUUGGUAAGAAUGGAGCAGUCGGAUUUUACGAGUUUUGCAAUUGGUCAAGACAUCAGCAAGUGUGGAUUGGACCUAUCACCCAAUGUCAACAUUUUAAAGAAUCUUGCAAGCCCGUGGCUGGAAACUUCUCGAAGUGAAGUCGAACCACAUUUUCAAAUACCGUUACAUCUACAAAAUUCUCAGUUGAAGAACCAUCAAAUAGACCCCUCAACAUGUGAUUCUAAGAUCCAAAACUUCACCGAUGAAACUUUGUUUUACAUAUUUUAUAUGAAACCGAGGGACACUUUGCAAGAGUAUGCUGCUAGGGAAUUGGUUGCUCGAAAUUGGCGAUACCAUAAAGAUAUUCAAGUCUGGCUAACAAAGGAUAGCAACGUGGAGCCAGUGUUGAUUGGCCAGGAUGUAGAGAAGGGGGUUUACAUUUUCUUUGACCCCCAUAAUUGGGAAAAGAUUAGAAAAGACUUUGUAUUACAUUAUAGUUCGGUACAAGCUUGA